AUCUUUAUCCUCCUGGGAAAAUAGACCAAAGAUUAAGCAACUUUUCUGCAAGCCAUUUAUAUUUAAGAUGGGAGAGGUCUGGAGGAAACACUGUUGUAAGUCAUUAUAUAGUCAUCAUAAAUGGACAUCAAGAACAGACCUUUGGAAAUUUUCCAGAGAUCUACUGGGAUAGAAAACUAAAUCCAGGUUCUACGUACAACGUAACAAUUUAUGCAGUUAGUCAUGGAACAGUUUUUGGCUAUCCUUGGUAUGGAAGUAGGAAUAGCGAACCUGUUGUAGAUUGGAUAGAGAUAGAUCAAAUUUUAUUUCAUGGACAUACUUACAUGUCAUUUGGAGAAAGAGAUGAGGUACUAAAGGGAGAUGAAGUCAUCAGUCCAUAUCUUAAAAUUCCGACAAAAUUAUUUAUUGGGGAUGGAUCCCAUGAAGGAUUUAAUUACGUCGUUGUGGGUUCAAAUGGUGUAAUUGGACUUGGAGAAGAAUUCAACAAUUUUGCAAUAAAAGAAAUCAAUACUGAGGAGGUGAAAGAUAGACAAAUAAUUUGUCCAUUUUGGACAGAUCUGCUUACACUGAAAACCAAAGGCAGUAUUUACUACCGAACAUACCAAAGUGGAAAGGGUGCUGAGAAUGAUUUAUUUAUUGGAAAAGCGAACGACUUGAUUCGGCUACAGUUCAAAGAUUUUCCAGAGUUUAAGGCUACUUGGCUCCUCAAAGUAACGUGGGUAAACAUGACGUUGUUUGGAGACAGAUCUCAGGUUGAUAGUGUGACUUUCCAAUGUUUAUUAAUAACAAAUGGCGAGGAUACAUUCACGGUCAUAAAUCAUAUAGAUGUUGAUCUAAAACCAGUAUUGGAGAAGAAAAUUACCUUAGGCUAUCAAUAUAAAACCUUUUUUGUCAAAAACCCAUUUUCAAACAAAGAUGCUGCAUUCCAAAUGAGUGAAAACCCAGGAAACAGGGGGAUACGGGGGUUUUGGAUUUACAAAAUGACUACUGGAAUUCCCCCGAACAAAGACGAAAGAGAAUGUAACUAUUGGUACACAAAGAAUCUAAGAGAAAAAACCAACGGCCUAUUAUCCCCUGUGCUAAAUCAAAUUGAAUGUGCUUGUGAUAGCCGUCUGCUACGAUUUGACCCAAGAUAUGCUAUAAACAGAUUUGACAGAAAGAAUAGAGUUCUAUGCUUUGCAUCCAUGACAAUUGGAAGGAAUGCAGAAUGCUGUUAUAGGAUGCAUGGUUCAAUCAAUAGUUUAAGUACAUUAGAGAGGUCUAGACCUGUUGCUGGAACUCUGUUAAAGUAUAACCCAUUCUUUGAACGACAACUCUACAGUCAAAGUGACCUAAAACCCAAGGAGGCGUGUUGUAAUUCUGGACAUUGUGAUUGGUAUUAUGAAGUGCGUCCAAUUCCAUGGUGUUAUUGGAGGUCUCCGUUUCAACCCGGUGUAAAUUUUGGUGACCCACACAUUUUGACACUCGAUGGAAAAAAUUACACAUUUAAUGGAUACGGAGAAUAUACUAUGAUGAAAAUAAACAAGGAUUCUGUACGAUUUAAGUUUCAAGCUAGGACAGAUCUGGCAACAACAGCUAAUGGAACCACCACCAAUGCUACAAUAUUUAGCGCGUUUGUAGCAGAGGACCAAACCGGAUCAAAAGUGCAGAUAGAAAUGACUCGAGACAAGCAAAACAUGAUUAUAAAAGUUAAUGGGAGAGAUUUAACAAGAGACUUUGAAAAUGUCAACUACACCUUCCUCACUAGAAAUUUAUCAGUUCGAUGGGAAAACCAAACUAUAUCUGCCUCUUUUCUGGAUUCAUCAAUUAUUCUAAAAGUCAGUCUAGGUGUACGUUUUUUGAUUUCGGAAACAAUCGUUGAUAGAACGUACAUGGGAUUCACAAGAGGAUUGAUGGGGAAUUUUGACGGAGAUAUAAACAACGAUUUUAUCCUACCAAACGAAACUAUACUAGACAAAAAUGCAACAAAAACUGAAAGAGAUAUUUACUACAAAUUUGGUCAGCAAUGGCUGGUAAAUGAGGAAUCUAUAUUCCAUUACGAUAAAGGACUCACAAACAAAGACUUCUCCCAUCCUGAGUUUGAACCGCUUUUUUUGGACGAGACAAAUGAAGAGGCAUUGGAAAAUGCGAAGAAAAAAUGUGGAGUAAACCCAUCACAAGCCUGUAUUUUUGAUUAUCUGGCAACAGGAGAUAUUGCACUUGCUGGAUCAUCGGGGACAGAAGAAACAAUUUCCAUUUCUGAAAUCAAACUAAUUGAAAAUGAAACUCCGAGAAUAUCAGGGAACACCUCAGUUCAAGUUGAAGUCGGUAAAGUUGUUGAAUUGUGGUUUAAUGCUUCUGAUGACAGCAAAGAAAUGCCCAAAUACAAUAUUCUGAAAAGCCCUGAGGAUUUUUAUCUAAACACAACUUCCGGAGAAGCAAUGUGGACUCCAAAAAGUACAAAUAUAUCGGAAAUCAGUUUAAGUGUAGUGGAUGAACUAGGAGCCGAAUCACCCUCGCUGGAUGUCGAAAUUACUUUAUGCGGAGGCUGCCAAAAUGAAGGCCGUUGUGACUAUCUCAAUGCAAAACUGACAGAAAAUGACCGAUUCAAAUUAGCUUUGUGUGAUUGCGAAACUGGUUAUUCUGGCGACAAGUGUGAAAUAGAUACAAAUGGGUGCUUUGGUGGCCCGUGUCCAUUAGGAAGAAACUGCACUGAUCUCACCCCAGAAGAGGAGAAAAGACUUGGAAGAGCAUACAAUUGCUCAGACUGUCCUCCAGGGUUUGAAGAAGUUGGACACAAAUGUGAAGAUAUCAAUGAAUGUAGAAAUGGAAAUACAAGUGUUUGUGAUUUAACAUCGGAAACCUGUGAGAAUACGGAGGGGAGCUUCUUGUGUACAUGUAUUCCUGGAUACCGAAAAGAAAAUGAGACAUGUAGAGAUAUUGACGAAUGUUUGGAAUUAACGUCUGGGUGUGAGCAAAAAUGUGUAAAUAUUCUCGGUUCCUUUGUAUGUCAAUGUUUCCCAGGAUUUUCUUUAAACAAGGACAAUACUUCCUGCAAUAAAACCGAUGAAAAUCAAUGUAAAGACAUUUCCGUCAGCUGCGAAUAUGCAUGUAACACGACGACUGGAAGUUGCAUCUGUCCAAUAGGCUAUCAACUGCAUAAAAAUAACCAAAGUUGCAUAGAUGUAAAUGAAUGUGAAGCGACACCUUUCCCCUGUGAGCAAAACUGUAGCAAUAUUAAUGGUUCCUUCCAAUGUUUUUGUCGUCAAGGAUACGCCUUAAAUGCAGAUAAAGUUUCAUGUACCGAAUGCAAGGAACCAUAUUACGGGGAAAAUUGCAGUCAAAUAUGCACAUGUGGACCAGGUAUGGACAAGUGUAAUCCAGUAAGUGGGUGUGACUGUCUGGAAGGAUGGGCAGGAGAAACCUGCAGUGAUGACAUUGAUGAGUGUAAAUCAAACCAAUCAAUUUGUGGAUUUGACAAAGUCUGUCAAAAUCUGGAAGGGUCCUACAUCUGUAAUUGUAGGGAGGGAUUCCAAAGAGUUGGAGAUAAUUGCGAAGACAUUGAUGAAUGUUCUGAUUUGAGCUUAAACGAUUGCCCGGAAAACACAGUUUGUAAAAAUCUUUAUGGAAAUUACACGUGCCUCUGCAAGGAAGGAUUUCAAAAGCAAGGUUCUGUCUGUGAAGAUGUAGAUGAGUGUACUCAAAAUAUCGAUGAUUGUUCUCAAAUAUGCUCUAACACCGAAGGAGGGUACAACUGCGAGUGUGAGUUUGGUUACUCCCUUCAAAAUGAUAGAAGGAAUUGCGAAAAAGUUUCUGAUAUAUGUACCUUGUUUCCGGAAUUGAAUUGCAGUUAUGGUUGCAUUCUGAGGCAAGAAUCAAGUUUAUAUAAUGGUUCUUGCUUUUGUAAAUCUGGAUUUGAACUUGAUAUCGACAACAGCACAUGCAAAGAUAUUGAUGAAUGUAAAAUGUUUGGAACAUGUGAACACAAUUGCACAAAUACAGAUGGUUCAUUUGAAUGCGGAUGUAACAUUGGACACACUUUGCAAAAUGAUGGAAAAUCAUGUGAAGUUUGCAUCGACGGAUUUUAUGGCGAUAAAUGCUUAAAAGAAUGUCGAUGCGGCCCAGGAUCUGAAAGAUGUGAUCACAUUAAUGGCUGUGUUUGUAAGACGGGGUGGACUGGAGAGUCAUGCAAUCAGGACAUCAAUGAGUGUAACAAUACAGUGAGUCCCUGCCCAGGAAGCAAUGAAACAUGCAUCAACAAUGAUGGUUCCUACACUUGUGUAUGCAAGGAUGGAUUUCAGAAUUCUACAAACGGAUGUAAAGAAUGUGAAAAUGGAUAUUAUGGAAGAGGUUGUGAUUUGCAAUGUUUAUGUGACACAAAUAAUACGGAUUCCUGCGACUCGAUGAACGGAUUCUGCAGCUGCAAGGAAGGAUGGGAGGGCACCUAUUGUUCCAACGAUAUCAAUGAAUGUCUGAACUCUUCUAUUUGUGGAAACAUUCCAUACUGUCUCAAUUUAAAUGGCUCUUUUUCUUGUCACUGUGAAGAUGGAUUUUUCCUUGAUGGCGGACUUUGUGUUGGUUGUCCCUUAAAAAAAUACGGCCAGAACUGUAGCAGUAUUUGUACAUGUGAAUUUAAUAAUACUCAGUCCUGUGAAAAACAAAAUGGGACAUGUAACUGCAAGGCGGGAUGGCAGGGUAAAAACUGUACAGAAGACAUACCAGAGUGUACAAACAAUCCAUACAUUUGCGGAAAUAAUUCAUCAUGUAAUGAGACACAAGGAUCAUACUCGUGUAUUUGUGAUAUUGGCUUUGAGAUGUCAUCGACACAAAAUUGUACAAAAUGCAGUGAUUUAACAUUUGGAGAUCAGUGCUCAGAAACAUGUUCCUGCAGUAUAGUUGGGACCAUCGAUUGUAAUGAUGUUACCGGAUUUUGCACAUGUAAAGAUGGUUGGAAUGGAACUAAUUGUGAGUUCACAAAUGAAUGUGAGACAGGAGCCAGCAAUUGUCAUAUGAAUGCUACGUGUUGGGACACGAUUGACAGCUAUAACUGUUCUUGUAAUAUAGGAUUCUAUGGAGAUGGCAUUAAUUGCACAGAAUGCAGUGAUACUACAUUUGGAGACCAAUGUUCCGAAACAUGUUCUUGCAAUGUGGUUGGAUCCAUCGAUUGUGAUGACAAAACCGGAUAUUGCACAUGUAAAGAUGGUUGGAAUGGAAGCAAAUGUGAAUUCACAAAUGAAUGCGAGGCAGGAGCCAACAACUGUCAUAAGAAUGCUUCUUGUCAGGACACGAAAGACAGCUACAACUGUUCCUGUAAUGUAGGAUUCUAUGGAGAUGGUGUCAAUUGUACAGAAUGCAGUGAUAAUACAUUUGGAAACCAAUGUUCCGAAACAUGUUCUUGUAAUGUGGUUGGUUUCAUCGAUUGUGAUGACAUAACAGGAUAUUGCACAUGUAAAGAUGGUUGGAAUGGAAACCACUGUGAAUUCACAAAUGAAUGCGAAGCAGGUGCCAACAACUGUCAUAAGAAUGCUUCUUGUCAGGACACGAAAGACAGCUACAACUGUUCUUGUAAUGUAGGAUUCUAUGGAGAUGGCAUUAAUUGCACAGAAUGCAGUGACACUACAUUUGGAGAUCAAUGUUCCGAAACAUGUUCUUGCAAUGUGGUUGGUUCCAUCGAUUGUGAUGACAUAACAGGAUAUUGCACAUGUAAAGAUGGUUGGAAUGGAAACCACUGUGAAUUCACAAAUGAAUGCGAGGCAGGUGCCAACAACUGUCAUAAGAAUGCUUCUUGUCAGGACACGAAAGACAGCUACAACUGUUCUUGUAAUGUGGGAUUCCAUGGAGAUGGCAUUCAUUGCACAGAAUGCAGUGACACUACAUUUGGAGAUCAAUGUUCCGAAACAUGUUCUUGCAAUGUGGUUGGUUCCAUCGAUUGUGAUGACAUAACAGGAUAUUGCACAUGUAAAGAUGGUUGGAAUGGAAGCAAUUGUGAAUUCACAAGUGAGUGCAAGACAGGAACCAACAACUGUCAUAAGAAUGCUUCUUGUCAGGACACGAAAGACAGCUACAACUGUUCUUGUAAUGAAGGAUUCUAUGGAGAUGGCAUUAAUUGUACUGAAUGCAGUGAUAUUACAUUUGGAGACCAGUGCUCAGAAACUUGUUCCUGUAAUAUGAUUGGUUCCAUCGAUUGUGAUGACAUAACAGGAUAUUGCACAUGUAAAGAUGGUUGGAAUGGAGCCAACUGUCAAUUCACAGAUGAGUGUAAUACAGGUGCCAACAACUGUCACAUGAAUGCCUCUUGUCAGGACACGUUAGACAGCUACAACUGUUCCUGUAAUGUUGGAUUCUAUGGAGGUGGCAUUAAUUGCACUGCCUGUGGUCCUAAAGCGUAUGGUAUGCAAUGUUCCAAACAAUGCCCAUGCAUCGCAGAAAACACUAAUGAUUGCAAUGACAUCACAGGAGCGUGUGUCUGUAAGGAUAAAUGGAAGGGAACAAAUUGUGAAGUCCAUGUAGACGACUGUUUGAAUGGAACUGCUGUUUGUGAUCCCACUACUCAGCAUUGUGUAUUACAAAUUGGAACGGACAGUUACUUCUGUUCUUGCCGUUAUGGACUUAAUGCGACUAGUGGAAUAUGUUUGUCUCCAAAGCCUCCAUACAUAACAAAUUCAAGAGAGGAAGUUAAAUUUAAAGCAGAAACCACACUCAUGGUUGAUGUCACCCAACAAGAAUUUGAAGAGAAAACAACAAAUAUAACAGAUAAUGUUUUUCAGAUGCUUGAAGACCAUUUUAAAAAAACAAUGCGUGGUUUCAAGUCUCUUAUUAUUUUAUCUUUAAGCCUUGGAAGCCUUAAUGUUGAAUAUGAAGUUGUUGUUUACAAGAACACGUCUUCAGGAGAACAAACAAGUGAAUAUGUCAAGGCUUCAAAGGAAUUGUUGAGUAAAUCAGUAAUAAUCGAAUCCUUAGGAAAAAACGCCUCGGUAUCCUCCGUAAAAAUGUCCAAUGAAAACGGAAAGGAUAUUGUACUGAACACGUCAAGCAGUCAGUGCGCUGUCUUACAGCAUCUUUAUCCUUGCUCUGAUGGACAGGACUGUGUAGAAACCUCAGGGGUAGCCAUGUGUUUAGGGAGAAAAAAAGAAAACGAAAAUUUAAGCCUAAUCUUAGGAUUAGGCAUUGGGAUACCGUUCCUUCUUGCAGCUCUAGCAAUAAUGGCCAUUGUUUAUGUAUACUGUCAACGACGAUCACAAAAGAGAAAUGAAUCAAACCAAUGUGAUUUGAAUAGAUCAUCGAUUCCUGUACGCUAUGGAAGCUGGGGUCCAAAAAGCAUGUUCUAUCCGUGGAUGCACGAAACUGAAGAAAGAAAAGCCCUCCACAGCCAAGUAGUAGUGUCUCCAUAUGAGAGGAACGUUCCGCAAGUAAAUAACAAAAUAGUCAGUAAAACCAAAGCCACCAUAUAUAAAAAUCACAUCUGGAAUGGGUAA